GCCCCCGGAUGGGUCGCCCUCGCCCCCCACCUCUCCUCCAUCCCUCCAUUCCAUCACUGAACGGCGACGCCUCCUCGGCUCCUGCUGCUGCUGUGGUAGGUGGCGCGUCGCUCUUCCUUAACUGCUCGCCCGCCUCCCUCGUCCUCGUCCUCGUCCUUCUUCCUCCACGCGACUGCUGUUCGUGCUAGCUACUGCUCCGAGCAAGCCUCUCGGCUCCCUAUCCUCUUGCUCCGCUCGCCCGCGGGGAGGCGCGCCCCAGUAGCAUCAGCGCGUGCUCCGUCGUCCUGCUCCACCUGUCGCCGCCCUCGGUGUGCGCACGGCGGGCGCCUCGGAUGACCGGGCCGGGCGACGAGCUGGCCGAGCUGCUGUGGGACAACGGGCCGGCGCUGAGGAGGGCGCCGCCGCCGUUCCAGCCCUUCACCUGCAGCGCCGCUGGCAGCAGCAGGGCCCACGAGCUCAAGCGCCACGCCGCCGCUGGCGGCAUGGCCCCCGUCCCGCUCGGGCUUCACGGCGCCGGCGGCCUCCCCGACGAGGACGCCGUGCCGUGGCUGCAUUGCCCCGUCGCCGUCGACGUCAGCGACGCCGACACGGCGCCGCUGCCGCCGGAGUACUGCGCCGGCCUGCUGUCCGAGUACUCGGGGCUCCAGCCCGCGCCGCCCGCGGCCGUCCCGGCCUCGCGCGCUGCGCCGCGGGAGGCCGCGGCCAAGCAGGCCACGCUGCCGGGCGCCGCCAGCGGUGCAGGCGAGGGCGUCAUGAACUUCACCUUCUUCUCGCGGCCCCUGCAGCGGCCGCAGGCGUCCGCCGCCGCGGCGGCGAGCAACCCCGUCGAGUCCACGGUCGUGCAGGCUGCGACGAACCGGCUGCGGGCCACCCCGCUCUUCUCCGAGCAGAGGAUGGCGUGGCUGCAGCCGCCCAAGGGGCCGCGCGCCGCGGCGCCAGGGGCCGCUCCCGCUCCCGCUCCCCAGGCGCCGCUGCCCACAGAGCACCGCCUCCACGGAGAAGCCGCCACGGUGACUCAGUGCAGGUUGCAACCGGAGGCAAGAGCUCCCGAUGCGGCCGCGGCGACGGCGGUGGUGACCACCUCGUCGGUCUGCUCCGGCAACGGUGACCGGAGCCAGCAGCCCAAGAGAAGCAGCAGCCACCAGGUCGCGGACUGUUCGGUCAGCCCGGACGAGGACCUCGACGACGAGGGCGGCGCGAUGAGAAGGUCGGCGGCGCGGAGCAACAAGCGCAGCCGCACCGCCGAGGUGCACAACCUAUCCGAGAGGAGGAGACGGGACCGGAUCAACGAGAAGAUGCGCGCCCUGCAGGAACUCAUCCCCAACUGCAACAAGAUCGACAAAGCGUCGAUGCUGGAGGAGGCCAUCGAGUACCUCAAGACCCUGCAGCUGCAGGUGCAGAUGAUGUCCAUGGGGACGGGGCUGUGCGUGCCGCCGAUGCUGCUGCCGGCGAUGCAGGUGCCCGUGCCCCACCCCAUGGCGCACUUCCCGCACCUCGGCAUGGGGCUGGGGUUCGGCAUGGGCGCCGCGGCCGCCGCCGCCUUCGACAUGGCCCGCGCCGCCGGCGCGCACUUCCCCUGCCCGCCGAUGCCAAUGCCGCCGGGACCGAUGUUCGGCGUGCCCGGGCAGGCGAUGCCGUCUCCGGCCGCGGCGGCGUGGGCCCACAUGGCCGGCAGUGGCACCACGCCGGCCGAGCACAUAGAAGCAGCAGCCGCUCCUCCUGCACGGGAAGAAGCAGAGCCCUUGCCACCGCCAGUUCCCGUCGUCACACAGGGCGAUCAGAUUCAGAAGCUGCAGCAUCCGAAGCAGACGUGAAGGCGAUGAGGCGCUCCGCGUGCUGUCGCUGUGUUGCUCUGAAGUCAGAACCUGGCUGCGGCUCCGACGAUCCCUGCCUGAAGAAGCGCGUGCACGCAGCAGGCCCGGGUUCCCUCUGAAGAAACCUUUUUACCUAGCCUGCUAGUGCUAGAACGCCGCGUCUCGGCUGUAAUCUGCUUGUAGAUUGUAAGAGAAUCCAGAAGAGGUAAUCGUGGAGCGUUUCAGUGAGCAAAAUGUGGGCACCAGAUCAA